AUGUCUAUACCAAGAUUCCUGAAGGUAACAUAUGGACCAUAUGAUAAUUAUAUUCCAGUCAGUGAAUUAAGCAAAAAAUCAUGGAAUCAGCAAUACUUUUCCCUGGCAUUCCCCAAACCACCAAGACCAGGAAAGAAACGGAGAUCACUACCUUCCCAGUUACGUAACAAUACAGCUCCUGUAAUUGAUGAACAAAAAUUAGGAAUUCACAGACCACCAUUAUGGAUGAACCGUUCUCUGAUGAGAAUUUCUGAGAGACCAUCCGUUUAUUUAGCUGCCAGGAAGGGUCUUCCACCGAAACCAUCUCGUUCUGGCAAGGGGGAGUCUAAAGUAGCAGGCCCACCCAAGACUUCAUCUUCAGAGAAAACAAAGAAAGAAGAGAAAGUGAAAAAAGGUGAACCUGAAGCGAAAGAGAAGACGGUGUUAAAGAAAACCAAAGAAGAAAGUUCCAAACAAGUUGAUAAGAAAACUUCAAAGGAUAAGGUGUCAGCUUCAGAAUCUGAAGGUGAAAAGGCUGGUAAAAAGAAAGAAGCCAAAAAAGGUAAGAAGGAACCAAAGGAUAAAGGAUCAGUCUCAGAAUCUGAAGGUGAAAAAGCUGGUGAGAAGAAAGAGGCCAAAAAAGGUAAAAAGGGGACAAAGGAUAAACUGUUACUCUCAGAGUCUGAAGGUGAAAAACCUGGUGGGAAGAAAGACUCCAAGAAAGGUAAAAAGGAACCGAAGGAUAAAGGGUCAGUGUCAGAAUCUGAAGCUGAAAAGGCUAGUGAGAAGAAAGAUGCCAAAAAAGAUAAAAAAGGGACAAAGGAAAAGGAGAAAGCAGCCUCAGAACCUGAAAGUGAAAAACCUGGUGGGAAGAAAGAAGCCAAAAAAGGUAAGAAGGAGUCCAAGAGUUCCAAGGAUACACCUGCAGAUUCAGAAGCUGACAAGCCUGGUGAAAAGAAAGGAAACAAAGUUACUAAAAAGUCUUCAAAGAUCAAAGAUACAGCUUUAGAUUCUGAAAGUGAGAAGGGAGAUUUAAAGAAAGACGGCAAGAAAGAAGGCAAGAAGAAGGAAAAUAAAAAGGAGAAGAAGGCAGGAGAUUCAAAGGAGGAUGGUAAGAAAGACAAAAAAGACAAGAAGAAAGACAAGAAAGACUCUGCAGGUGAUUCCCCUGAUUCAAAGAAGGAGGACAAGAAGGCAAAGAAAGAGAAGAAGGGAAAGUAG